CCCUCCUCCACUGGCCCUAGUAUAAAGACGCCUCUCAACUCUCAUGCGCGCCGCACCGGAGGCGGCGGCGGAGGCGCUAGGGUUUGCUGCAGGCCAAGGGACAUUGAAGAUUUGUCAAGGCAGCAGUAAAGAUGGUUCUCAAGACAGAGCUGUGCCGUUUCAGUGGUGCCAAGAUCUACCCUGGGAAGGGUAUCAGAUUUAUCCGUGCAGAUUCACAGGUGUUCCUUUUUUCGAACUCAAAGUGCAAGCGCUACUUCCACAACCGCCUGAAGCCAGCCAAGCUCACAUGGACCGCCAUGUACAGGAAGCAGCACAAGAAGGACAUCCAUGCUGAAGCUGCUAAGAAGAGGCGCCGCACCACCAAGAAACCAUACUCCAGGUCAAUUGUUGGUGCCACCCUUGAAGUCAUCCAGAAGAAGAGAACUGAGAAACCAGAGGUUCGCGAUGCUGCUAGGGAAGCUGCCCUCCGUGAGAUCAAGGAACGCAUCAAGAAGACCAAGGACGAGAAGAAAGCUAAGAAGGCCGAGAUGGCAAAAUCUCAGAAGACUGCUGGGAAAGGCAAUGCCCCCAAGCCCGGUAAAGGCCCAAAGCUUGGUGGAGGUGGUGGCAAGCGGUAGAUUUGGGGUGAUUGAGGCUCUGAUAAAAGAUCCAAUGUUAUGUAUCCCAAAAGAAAAUUUUGUACUGCCAGUUGUAGAACCAUAUAGUUGCAGAAACUAUUUGUAGCAUGUUUCCAAGCUUUAGUACUAUGCUUGCCUAAAUUUGCAUUUCUAAGUUCUAAUGCAUCGUAACUUAUGUUUUAUGAUCUAGAAGUUCUUUCUUCCAUAUGCAUGUGGUUGGAGUUUGGCAUUUGCUUUUAGGCGUCACAUAUGUUUCAUGCUGUUGCAGCUGUAAAAUUGUUGCUUGAUAGGAAACUCCUAGAGUUAAUUGGGAUUUUUUACCUACACUAUGUAUUGAUAACGAUGGUAUGUAGCUUGUAUUUGAAUUGAUUGAUUUGAGGAGGCCAAGAAAUCAGAAAUGUCUUGUUAA